GUGACAUGUCUAUUUUUAAACUAAUGGCGUUGCUGUGUUGAGUCUCUCGUGGGCGUCGACACUUUUUUGGCGGGUGACGAGUUCAGCCGGCGAAGCGAGCUCGGCCCAACUGGGCAAGAUGUCACCGUGACCACCAGCGACUGAAACAUAGGUGAUGAAACAACUUGGCCUCUCCCUACUCUCCGAUUCAGAACGCGACCGCGCCUACGCCUGCGCCUGCGUUUUCGUCCGCGAUCUCGCUCCCACUUCAGUUCCCGAGUCGGCGUCAUGAGACUCCUCAACACCAAGACUCUGGAGCUGGAAGACGUGGGGGGCGAGCCUGGGCGCUACGCCAUCCUGUCCCAUACGUGGGGCCAGGACGAGGUGCUCUUCGACGACGUGCGCAACCAGGAGCGGCUGCGGGAAAUCCGCUGGAAGAACACGACGGGCUAUCACAAGGUCGCGAGGACCUGCGAGACGGCGCUGAAGCAGGGCUUCUCGCACGUGUGGAUCGACACCUGCUGCAUCGACAAGUCGAGCAGCGCGGAGGUGUCCGAGGCCCUCAAUUCCAUGUUUGGGUGGUACAGGGAUGCGUCCAAAUGCUAUGCGUACCUGUCCGACGUCACGGUCCGCCACGACGGCGUCGCGGAGAACUUCGAGUCCAGCCGCUGGUUCACCCGAGGGUGGACGCUGCAGGAACUCGUCGCACCCGACGACGUCGAGUUCUUCAGCAGCGACUGGGUGCCGCUGGGCACCCGAGGCAGCCUCUCCGCGCGCAUCAGCCGAAUCACCGGCAUCGGCGAGGCCAUACUGACGGCGCGCGAGUCGUCGAGACGGAGGCAGCAAAACCUGGCCCAGCUGCUGUACCAGGAGAACGUUGCGACGCGGAUGAGCUGGGCGUCGUACCGGGAGACGACCCGCCGCGAGGACGUGGCGUACUCCCUGAUGGGCCUUUUCGGCGUCAACAUGAUGAUCCUCUACGGCGAAGGGAACCGGGCUUUCCUCCGGCUACAGGAGGAGAUCCUCAAGACGUCACAGGACCAGUCGAUGCUCGUGUGGCGGACGUCGCUGGGGGCGGACGGAGCAGAGUCGAUGCGCCGGAUGCACUACUUUGCCGACUCGCCAAAACACUUCAACCUACGAACGUUUGGCGGCCAGGAGGACCCGGCGGAGUUCGGGAUGAUGAUGACGGCGCGCGGCCUGGAGGUGCGCGUCUGGAAGUGCCCUUGCCGAGUAACGUACUCGACCCGAACCGGCGGGACGGAGAAGGGCAAGGAGGAUGGCCAGUGGCUGGCUGUUCUCGACUGCAGCCUGUCAUCAGAUACGUUGGCGCGAGCCGCCAUUCUCCUCGAGGCCAGCGCCGCUGGAGAUGUUGUAUUCAGACGAUUACACCCGAACGUCAUAAUGAUUAUUGAGCCCAAGCGGUCUGGGUUCCUCAUGGCCGAUGGCGAGAUGCCUGGCCACCGCUGUAAGAUUCAGUCAGUCGAAUACGACCCAGGAGGAUUAGAGAAGGAGACGAUUGUGUUGGAAAGCUCGCCGGACGGACCAGUAGCACGAGGAGUGUUCCCAUUCAAGCUCAGCCUGCCACCGAAGAACCACAGCAUCCAGCAGCGGGCAGCGUACACGGGAUCACGGAGGUACAUCAGCUCGGAGCACAUCGCAUUCGAGUCGAUAGACAACCCAAUCUACGGGGUGGUGUUCCUCAGCGCCGGCCCGGGCCGCGAGUUCCUCAUAUGGUGGGGCCUCGUGGAACUGGGAACGGCCAUGUCGCUGAUGCACGACGACCGCGGGGCGCCGCGGCUCUGGGACAACAGCAUCCCGGUGUGCUUCAUCCAGUCGUGGCCGAACCUGACGGGGUCGCCCGACUUCCACCCGGAGCUGGCGGAUCAGCUGGCGGGCGACGUGCUCAACGAGGAGCUCCGGCUGCCGUGGCUGACGGGGUCGGCGCCCAAGGUGGUGGACGUGGACGACGGGCUGGACCUGGGGCCGCCGGCCGAGGCGGAGCGGCCGAUGAUUUCAAGCGUGGUAAUAGGGCUGUUCAUGCAGCGCGCGCGGCCGGUGGUCGAAAGCUUGUGCGCCGGGGUCAAGAUCCGGGCGUCGAUGAAGCGGGCCGAGUUUCUGGGCCGGCUUGCGUGCGAGAUGGAGGUGGAGGUGGUGGAAAAGGACUACUAGAUGGCGAUGUAUGCGAGGGAGUGCAAUCUAUAGAUAUACUAUAUAUGUGCUUCUACUUCUACAUUCCGGCU